AUGGACGUCGACAAAGAGCCCAUCGAUAGUCUCCAUGUGGAGGCUACGACAACGGACCUGACCAUGGCCAAGAAGCUUGAUCAUGAAGUACUCGAACACAACAUGACUCUUCGGCAGGCCCUGACAAACUAUCGCAAGGCCAUGCUAUACUCUCUAUUUUUCUGCUUCUCUGCCAUCCUCUGGGGGUACGACAUGCAAGUCAGCGGAGGUCUACUCGCUGCCCCCGAGUUUCGGGCCGUUUUUGGAUAUACCCAGCCUGAUGGCACUACCAUUCUCCCUGCCAGGUGGCAGGCUGCGUUCAACAUGAUUGCAACUGUGGGUGGAAUGGGCGGAAGCUUGCUUUGCGGUCCCAUCUCACCCUACUUUGGCCGGAAAAUCACACUGGCAAUUGCAUGUGUCAUUUCCAGUGGCUCCAUUUUCUUGCAAUUCUUUGCCUUCUCUCGGGGUGUGCUACUGGCCGGAAAACUUGUGAAUGGUAUCUCCCUCGGCAUGUUCCUUGUCACUGCGUGUUCCUACUGUUCGGAGGCAUGCCCAGUCGUGCUGCGCGGUAUCACGAUUGCAAUGGUGAACCUGUUUGUCGUCAUUGGGCAGCUUCUUGGAAACUGUCUCAUCAGGGCUUUCGGUGGACGAACCGAUACUUUUGCCUAUAGAAUCCCUUUCGCCUUCCAGUGGCUUUUCCCCGCCAUUCUCAUCUGUGGAGUCUGGUUCUGUCCUGAGUCUCCUUACUGGUAUGUCCAAAGAGGCAAACAUGCCGAAGCCAAAAAGUCGCUUGAACGAUUCCAAACAGGCGGAAGCGUCGACAGCUGGCUGGUUGAGAUUCAGGAAACAGUGCGCAUGGAAGAAGAAUCCGCUAGUUCUGCUGGUUACCUCGACUGUUUCCGGGGAACUGAUCUCCGUCGUACCUUGAUCGUCAUUGCUGUCUGGACCAUCAACUCUUUCAGCGGUGUCAACUUCGUGCUCAGCUAUUCUACCUACUUUUUCCAAAUUGCCGGUCUUCCUACCUCUCGAUCCUUCGAUAUGGGCGUCGGUGUAACAGCAGUUGGAGUCGUUGGAAACAUUUGUUCGUGGUGGGUUAUCAACACCAUCGGUCGCAGGUCCCUCUUCCCGGGUAUGAUCGUUCUCACAAUCAUUGUCCUCGUCAUUGGCAUCUUGGACGUCGUACCAAACUACAACUCCUCCAUCGCAUGGGGCCAGUCUGCAUUGAUCAUCAUCUGGAACUUCUUCUACGACCUUACCCUUGGACCUCUUGGGUACGUCAUUUGCGGAGAAAUGUCGUCUACUCGCUUGCGCUCCUACGGCGUGAGUAUUGGUUUCUUCACGCAGAACUUCUGGACUCUGAUCAUGACUAUUAUCGUGCCAUACAUGAUCAACCCGGACGAGGGAGAUCUUCGUGGCAAGACGGGCUUUAUCUUCGGUGGCUUCUCGGUGAUUGCUUGUAUCUGGACUUACUUCUGUUUGCCUGAGACUAAGGGGAGGACCUUCGAAGAACUUGAUCACAUGUUUGAGCAAAAGAUCUCGGCGAGGAAGUUUGCGAAGCAUGAUCGAAGAGCAGAUGGGGCUUAG